AUGCCGGUACAGCAAAUAAAUGUGAAGAACUCAUCUGAUAUCGAAAGUUGGGAAUGGGGCGGCGGAUGUGGCAGGGAAGCAGUUCGCGCAGGCUCCGGGAGCAGUCAGACCUCGUGCAGUAACUCCAGUGGCGACAUAUGCAGGAUAUGCCACUGUGAAAGCGAAGUCCACAACCCAUUGCUGGCACCAUGCUAUUGUUCUGGGAGUCUGAAGUACGUCCAUCAAAGCUGUCUUCAACAAUGGCUGACGGCAUCAGAAACAAGAUCAUGUGAAUUGUGCAAAUUUAAUUUCAUUAUGCAUACAAAAAUUAAACCGUUCAGUGAGUGGCGUCUGCUGGAAAUGUCAGGUGUGGAGCGUCGACGUUUGUGUUGUGCUGUUCUAUUCCAUUGUGUGGCGGCCCUGUGUGUUAUGUGGUCGCUGUUUGUGCUCAUAGAGAGGGCCGUAGAGGAGGUCAACAGGGGACUCAUAGCGUGGCCGUUCUGGACGAAGCUGGUCGUUGUGGCCGUGGGCUUCACCGGCGGCGCCGUGUUCAUGUAUAUACAGUGCAGGCAGUACUUGCAUCUAUGUAACAGAUGGCGCGCGCACAACAGAAUACUUCUAAUACAAAACGCGCCAGAGAAGUUACCUAUAAGCAGUUCGCCUCCAUUACGUCACAAGCGCCGCGAAAGAUGUACACUCGGGCAAGUGGUAGCGAACAUUGAACCAAUCCCACCACCGAUUGUAUACCACGAAGAGGACGAAAGUGGUGGCUUCGAAACGUAUAGAGGGAAUCCACAUAGAAGAUUAUCAGCUUUAACAGAAGACAGAAGACCAGAUGUUGAACCAGCAGAAGGUAGAAGAUACUCGGAUACAAGGCUCUCACAACCAGUGAAUGUGGCGAUUGAAGACACGACGCAGCCUCCCGUUGAGGCCGGCGUGUAUCAUAUCAGCGUAGACCCGCUCGAGGCUGACAUUCGUUCCCUGCUUGUAUUGGAGGCCCGUCGCGAGGCCCGCGCGGCCCUCUCGCUUCCAAACUUACGGGCCUCGCGCGAGUCCCUCCUCCCCGCAGGCCCGGGCCUGGGCCUAAACCCCGGGCCUACCUCCUGA